AUGCCUACCUUCCAGGAACAACUCAAAAGGAGGGGCAGCACAGAGUAUUUCUUGAGCAGCGGUGACAAAAUUCGAUUCUUCUUUGAGGAAGAUGUUUUUGACAAGGAAUGCAAUUUCCUGGUCCCUCCAGAGAAGUCCAUCAACAAAAUUGGCCAUGCUCUGCACGCCCUUGAUCUGGUCUUCAAGUCUGUUACACACUCCCCCAAGAUACAGGCCUUGGGCAGGAGUCUUGGCCUCCAGAUGCCUGUGGUGGUACAGAGUAUGUAUGUCUUCAAGCAACCUCACUUUGGUGGUGAAGUCUCCCCUCAUCAAGAUGCCACCUUUCUGUACACGGAGCCCCGGGGCCGGCUGCUGGGCAUGUGGAUCCCGCUGGAGGACACCCCACUGGAGAACGACUGCCUCUGGUUCAUCCCUGGCUCCCAUACCAGUGGAGUGGCAAGAAGGAUGGUCUGGGCUCCUGCUGGCUGAGCACCUGGCACCAGCUUCCUGGGGUCAGAUCCAGCCUGGGAGAACAGCCUCUUUGUGCCCACACCUGUGCAGAGAGGGGUCCUCAUCCUAAUCCAGGGACAAGUGGUGCACAAGAGUGAGCAGAACCUUUCUGACCACUCACGCCACGCCUACACUUUCCACCUCGUGGAGGCUUCUGGCACCAUCUGGAGCCCAGAGAACUGGCUCCAGCCAACAGCUGAGCUGCCCUUUCGUCCACUGUACACCUGAUGGCCCUCAGCAGGACUGGGGCACUGCCCCUCCCAGGGAGCUUGCAAACACUGAGAGCAGGCAAGCUGCCUCACCUGACCUCCCGGCUGCAAUGGCGAAGUUGCAUCUCUCCUGCGCUUUCCUCUGCUAGUGUCUGUGCCCGGAGCCCAGGAGGCAGCAGCAGGAGCUGGAUGGGAGGCGUUGCUAAGAUGUUCACUCCCUACCUCC